AUGGUGGACACACGUCAGGUCACAGGGUUGUCGAUCCUUUUGGGGACAAAUCGCAUUAGAGCCGGGCUUACCAUGAGGCCAGGAGAGUGUAACCGCAUUUCCCCCCUCGGCACCGGAUCGCUACGCAGCAGCUACAACACCCCUAGCCAAUCCACGGAGAACACCAUGGGAACCCUAGGUAUAUCCGGUACCGAUCAACUGCUUCUCAGCGCUACUUUUUCCAACGUGCCAUCAAUGGGCGAGUCGCAGGUCAUGGACGAUGGGUUGGCCACAUCCCAACAGACUCUAAAUGCUUCACUAAUCACCCAAGCCGCCAACAGGUUGACACACAUACGAAGCCAAGGAAACGUGCCCGGUGUCAAUCGUGCUUUAACGGAAUCAGGCAGCGAGAAUAAUGCUUCAGAACAGGGACCGACAUCGCAGGAAAGUUAUUCUGGUGCUCUCACACUUCGUGAUCUUGAUACGGAUGCGUCAUUACCCGACAUAUGCGCGAAUGAUGCUGGCGAAACGGCUCUUGGUAAUGAGACGGCAGAUGUUGAUGAGGGCUCGGGUGCCACGGAAUUAGAAUCUACAACAUCUCGAACUUUAAGAGGCAUAAAGAUGAUGAAACGAACGGUAUCGACAUCUUCGGUGUCUUCGGCCAGUGAUGGUCUGGGUCCGACGAGGAGGAGUGGAUUGAGAACUAAAGGUGCAGUGAGAAAGGCUGACACGGAGAGCGGCAGCAAAACUAAUAUUCAAGGUGAAUCCAAAUUGGGUUUGCAAUCGGUUGCCGACCCAAUAAGCAACGCUUAUGGUAACGCUGCACCUGUAGCCUUUGGCAGCGUUGCCGCCGCUCUGUCACCACGAGAUAAGGUGCAACAGGGUAAGGCUGCAACCGCGGCCGCAUACAAAGACGAAGCCACUAAAGGCGUUGAGAUUUCGAAUUUAGGGUUAGCAGUGAACAACAAAGUUAUAGACACUGGUCACGCAUUAAAAGAGAACACAACACCUGUUAGAGGAAGGCUUAAGACCAGACCAUUACCUGUAGAUGAAUCAAGUGUUAGCGCUACGCAAACAACCGCAGAUAUAACCCCCUCACAAAGCCAACGUACACCCAUCUCUGAAGAGAGUACACAAGGGUCUGCGGCUGAAAGAUCGAAGCCGAGAACCCUGAAAACAGAGGCAGCAAAGAAACCCGCGACGGCUAAACACGACAGUCCGGUCAAUGCACCAAAAUCGAACGCAGAAAAAUUUACAAGUUCACGUGAUGAGGCAGUUGUACCUAAAGUUCUAAAGACGGAAAACUUCACCAAUGCAGACCCGGAAACAAAGAAACGUCUAAUUCAAUUCCAUGAAGGGGAGGAUGCUUCCUAUAAGCAAUCGGCACACCAGAUACAACACUCUGCAGCGGAAAAUGGCAAAACUACAGACAAUAUGGGAGACAAUAUCCAAAUAACCGGUAUGUCUCCCUCGAAUGUCGGAUACGGCACAACAACGAAGAAGGACGAAGGACUCUCUAACAUUGGCGAUUUGCCUGUCACGGACAGAAAGAGCUCCACUAAUGUCUCCCCGAGAACUGCUAAAAGCGCCGCCAAAACAAUCGCUAGAGGUAUCAGCAGUAAAGACGUCAAGCGAAAGGCGGCACCGGCACAAAAUCUACCAGCGGCGACCGAAAUGAUGGAAACACGCACAUCACCGACACAAAAACGUGCCAAAAUCGGCAAAGAGAAUGCCAAGUUAACAGAUAAAGAUUCAAGCACGGCCAAAAAAUCCGUCAAAACGAAGAAAGCGAAGGAGACGCUGCUAAUUAGCUACACGGGCAAAAGGCAGGACGAUAUCGAGCAGAGGCUGAGAAAGGCAGUCAUUUAUUACGAGAAUGGGCCGUUCGUCUUCGAUUACUUGGAUAGCCCUAAGGAAGAAAGUCUGACACAUUUGAUCGCUCCGUUGGAAAUUCAACGCCCCACCCUCAAGGUGCUCUACGCGAUCUGCCAAGGAGCGUUCAUCUUAACGCCGGAAUACUUGGAGGAGGCUGAAAAGAACGAGAAAUGGCCCUCGGAAAUAGGAUUCGAGCAUCCCAAGUGGCCUCUGCGUGCGACGCGGAUGCGCCCAUUGGAUUUAAUGCACGACCUAAGGAUUUUUGCCCCAAAGAAUGGCAAGAAAUUAGGCCUAGAGGACAUCACGGGCCUCAUUACCCUGUGCGGAGGUCAAAUGGUGAAAAGUGCAGCAGAGGCAACCCAUUGCCUAAUCCCAGAGGGAACAAACCCGUCACAAAUAAUUGCUGAGAAAAUUCCGAAAGAUGUAACUGUUGUCACGGAGAAUUGGCUCAUUAAUGUGAUUGAGCGCAUGAUGCUGUUGCCGUCCGACUUGCGUAAUGCGCACUAA